AUCGCACCGGCAUCGCUCUCAAGUCGGCCGGCCGCUCCGUGUGUCACGAACAAGUCAGUGCGAACCCGACCGCGCGCUAGGGCUGUGUCGCGCCACUGCACAACUUGCUCCACACGACGAACUAACUUCCAGUUUGUGUUUUGUUACGCGAAAAUACACAAAACUUUCGUGUUCAACUUGCGUAAAAUUUAAUAUAACUUUACCGGAUCAACACGAGAAGUGAUGGACGAGAUUAAUGCCUGUUAACAAAUAAUUUGUUAAUUAAACUGACCAAGUUUGAGUGGAAUCCAUGUUCAGUGAGUGUGGCGAGGAUGACAACCGCACGUUUAUUUAUUACAGAUCUGUUCCAUGAACUAUGACCAGUUACAGAAAUAUUUUUUCAUUUUAACAUAUUGAUGUAGAUAAAACUGGCCAGUCAAAACAUGUCGGAUUGUAGACGGUAGUGUUCAAAAUGAGAAGAUUAAAGUGGGUGUCGAGGUUGGAUAGCGGCGGUAGGUGGCAGCACCGAGCAGUGACACGUUGAAGCAAGAUGGCGUCGCAUGCGCAGGGCGGCCCGCUGGCGCGCCUUCUCAUACUGGCUGUAUUACAUGUCAAUUUUAUUGCCCUAGGUCUGGAGCCGGACUUUUUGUAUCCUCUGGAGAACGUGACCAUCGCCCAAGGUCGGGACGCGAUGUUUACCUGCGUGGUGAAUAACCUUGGCGGUUACAGGGUGAGUGGCGACUCCGCCACAGCCAGGGUAGCGUGGAUCAAAGCGGACACGAAGGCGAUUCUGGCGAUACACGAGCACGUGAUUACGAACAAUGCGCGGCUGAGCGUCACGCACAAUGACUACAACACGUGGACGCUCAACAUAAGAGGUGUGAAGCGAGAGGACAGAGGACAAUAUAUGUGCCAAGUUAACACUGACCCAAUGAAAAUGCAGACUGCAUUUUUGGAAGUAGUAAUCCCUCCAGACAUAAUAUACGAAGAAACUUCUGGAGAUAUGAUGGUACCAGAAGGUGGUUCCGCUAAGCUGGUCUGCAAAGCCAGGGGAUAUCCUCCGCCUAAGAUAGUUUGGCGCAGAGAGGACGGAGGAGACAUUAUAUCAAGAGGAGGACCACAAGGAAAGACGAAAGUAACAUCUCUGGAAGGGGAGAUCGUCAACCUAACAAAGGUCACGCGCUCAGAGAUGGGCGCAUACUUGUGCAUCGCAGCCAAUGGGGUGCCUCCCUCCGUCAGCAAGAGAAUAAUGCUACAUGUACACUUCCAUCCACUGGUGCAAGUACCAAAUCAACUUGUGGGUGCUCCGACAGGCACUGACGUCACUCUGCAGUGCCAUGUUGAAGCGUCACCUAAGGCCAUCAACUAUUGGACUAGAGAGAAUGGUGAAAUGAUAAUAUCAAACGACAAAUACCAGAUGACGGAGAUCAACAGCUCUGCAUACAGCGUGCAGAUGCGUCUCGUUAUCAGGAACAUCCAGAGAAGUGACCUCGGAGGAUACAAGUGCAUAUCUAAGAACUCUAUAGGCGACGCCGAGGGCAACAUUAGGUUAUAUGAAAUGGAGUUACCAAAUCGCAAAUCGCGAGACGACGAUGAUCGCGACUACUCCAUUGAAGAAACGAACGACGUUCGUUCCAGUCUCCAGGGUCCACUUCGGGAAGGUGGACCAAGAGAUGAAGAUGCCAGCUUCUUAGGCGGAGGCGGACCGGCCGCCGCUGCCGCGCCCGCCCUCACCGUGAGCGCUCCCUUUUUAAUAACGACCUUAGUCCUCGCCACAUGCUAAACUUUUACUUAAAGCCAUGUGCAAAGUUAAGACUCCGGCAAAGUUACUCAUUGUAUUUUUAUAACAGACUCGACUUACGUACGUAUAGGGUAAAGGUGCAUUACUUUAAGAUACGUAUUAAUUCAUCUUUUAUUUGAGAAGUAAUGAUUCGUAAUACUGGAGAACUUAGCACUCGGAUCCAUUUCAAACGUAGUGUUAUUUAGUUUAUAGUGUCGUUUUAUUUUGAAACUCAAAGAAUCGAUAUUUUCAAAGACUCUGAAAUUGUAUACGAACUUAUAAUACCGCCCAGAAGUCAUAUUUUAUUGAGAUUUGUACUAAUUAUCAAUUUGCUGUCUCGUGUAACAUUAAUCAGUGUAAUUUGUCACGUUUCGUAUAUCACAUACUAAAUUGAAUUAAUUCUUUCGUGUGGGCUUGUCUUAAAUUUGUGCAUGGCUCAGCAGUGUUCGGCUAUUAGGAGUGUGUCUUACUAAUUGGACGUAAGACUGUGUAUCAUUUAGAUUAAAGACUAUAGUACUAAGUACGGUACUUAGUGCGGUACUAAAUGCGAAGUGUAGUGCUAAUAAUGGCACUUUUUAUAGCAAAUGGUGAAUGAACUAUAAGUAUAAUACAAAAUAGUAACUAGCAUUUCAUCAAAUGUCAGCUUGUAACAGUGUAAAUGCUUAUCGAUAUGUACGAAGACAUUUAUUUUUUACUGACAAAUAUUCCUUGAAUAUUGCAGAUUGAUUACAAAUUGCAGUACAAUAGAAAUAGCUCCAUAUUUCCAAACAAUCUAUGU